AAAGGUGGGGAAGAUUUGGAACUUCAAUCCCUAAACUCUGCAAAUCUCCCAUAACCGUCAGACUGAAACUGAUGAAGAAGAAGAAGAAGAAUAGCAAUGAAGGUUUUGAGUUCUGCGAGGUCUGCAAGCUGAACCACAACCAAGGCCGGCGCCACAACUUCUUCCCCAAUCACAAGAAGUCGCUCGAGGCAGCGCUCUCUCGCUUUCGAUCGAAGCUCGCCGACCUCCGCUCCUCCCUCAAAAACCCUACCCCUCUCCGCCCCGAACACGCCUCUCUCAACCGCCUCUGGUGCCGCUUCUGCCAAUUUGAUAUUCCUGAGCUUCACAGCUUCUUCACCAGUGAGAAUGCGAUUGCGCAUCUGGCUAGCGAGGAUCAUUUGAAGCAAGUGAAAGGAUUCCUAUGGAAAUAUGGCGGUGGAAUGGACAAGAUUGAUUGCUACCGGAUUACGGAGGCUGAUUUCGCCAAGUGGGAGAAACAGUGCAAAGCAUUAAAGACCGAGGCUGCUGGUGAAGGCUCUCAUGGGCCUUUAAUUGGACCCUCAAAUGAUAUCCACAAUAAAAUGAACUCUGACUAUGUAAAUAGUUUUGGAAAAGAUAAUAUUCAUGCUGUUAAUGCUAAUAUUUCAAAUUCUGUUGUGCCUUUACAAAAUUAUACUAAUGAGAGACCUCAGAUAUAUGAUUCAGAGUUACCAGUCACACAGGGUGGUUGUCCUCAUUUACAUCACAGUUAUGCAGGCUUAUCAUGCCAUCCUCCUGUUAAUGGAUUUGCACUCCCAGAUGAGAGAACUGCCAAAGGGGAAACAACUUCUCUUGGUUUACCAAACUUCACAAAAAUUUCAUCAUCAGUACAAGAAGACAUCUUAGGGAAUGUUCAUUCUGGAGCACCUCCUCCUUGGCUUAAUGCUAUUGAGCAAAAUCAGCUCGAGUCUUUGUCGAAUUCGGGGGAAAAUGACCUUUAUUCUCUAUCUCAAAAGAGGAAAUCCUCUAAACUAAACCCAAAACGGGUUGGUGCUGCUUGGGCUGAGAGAAGAAAACGUGAGAUGGAGUUGGAGAAGAAAGGAGAACUUGUAAUGAACAAAGCUGAUGCAAAUUGGCUCCCCAAUUUUGGUAGAGUUUGGCAAUCUGGCAGUAGGAAGGAAUCUAGGAAAGAAUUUCAGAUUGAAAACAAGAUAUCUGGCAAGAUUGGAAGCCAAUCAACAACUGUAGUACAAUUACAGCCUUAUAUCAGCAAACGAAUGCGCAAGGAUUCGGUGGAUGGUGCAGUGGAGCAGCUUAGCAGUUCUGAAUAGACUGUGAGUAAUAGUUUUGCGGAGUACAUCUUUUUAUAAAAAUUAAAAAUUAGUUGACAAUGCAUUUCCAAUAGAUGUUUUUUUUUGGGGGUAACAGGGAAACUCGUAGUCACUCGAUAAACUUGGUUGUUGUGUAAUAACUUGCAAAUUUUUGGGAACAACAUUAAUAGAGGUUUCUGGGAAAUUUUUGUAUUGCUAGAUGUGAGAGUGUACAUUAGUGCAUGUGCCCGCUGGGCUAUUA